AUGGGCAAGGCUUCGCUUUCUGGAAUUGUUCUUGCUCUGUGUUGCACAGGUGUUGUGUUAUUGAUGAAUUAUAAUCCACAGACCAACGAUAUUAGAAGUGCAUAUGAUUACAUCACGUCCAGUAGUAAUUUGAUGGCAAUUAUAUUUUUCUAUUUUUUCUUCUAUAAUAUUUAUUUGGAGAUUGGCCAUGAGAUGCCAAUUUUGCCAGUUUUUUUUUAUCUUUGUUUUUUUAUUGUAAAUUGCCUUAUUGAUUUUAUGGGAGACUUUUCUAAUUGGACAUUUUUUGUAGACUUUGGAGAUAUUAUCCUGUGCUAUAUUAUUCACUAUUUUAGUAAGGGAAAAACUAGUACUACUCGUUCUGCUCCUCAACCUUUUGCAGUUCAUUUGUUUAACCAAAUUAGAAGCCACUUCCAUACGUAUGAGGAACAGUUUGAUGACUUUAAGGAGAAUUAUCCUCAUGUUUUCAUUUCAGUUAUAGGCAUAGUUAUGUCAAUCUACUUUUUCUUUUUGAAAACUGAUUAUUCAACUGGUGAUUAUGGAGCCAUUUUCAAUUCUAAUCUAAGUCAAAUUGGAUCAUAUGUGAAUAUCUUGAGUGGCACCAUACUUGGUGCAGUUCAUUAUGUAAUGAGUUUCUUCAAGUUUAAUUAA